AGCAAAACAAAACUCCAGUCUUAAAGCAGAGAUGGCCCAAGACCCUGAGACCUUGGAGCCCUUCCCAGUGGACAGAGAUGGGGUAGAGUUCAGGAGAGCGAAGGAUGUGCCUGACGGGGCUCUAGGAUGCUGUGAUAAAUUCCAGCAUUCUUUGUCCAAGUGGAUGCUUCCGGAGAAUAAACGUGACAGAUAUCUGGAGCGCGCCAACUGCUGUCCACCCCCCAUCUUCAUCAUCCUCAUCAGUAUAGGAGAGUUGGCAGUGUUCAUUUACUACGCAGUGUGGAAGCCCCAGAAGCAGUGGAUCACUCUGGAUGAAGGCAUUUGGACGAGUCCCCUGACAUACAAGCCUGAGCUCAGGGAGGAGGCGUGGCGCUUCAUCUCCUACAUGUUUGUCCAUGCGGGAGUGGAGCACAUUCUGGGGAACCUGUUUAUGCAGCUGUUACUGGGAAUCCCUCUGGAGCUGGUUCACAAAGGCUUUGAGGUGGGGAUGGUGUACCUCGCUGGAGUCCUCGCAGGUUCUUUGGCCAGCUCCAUAUUUGACCCUCUCAGUGCCUUGGUAGGGGCCUCUGGAGGAGUUUAUGCCCUAAUCGGAGGCUAUUUCAUGAACGCAGUGGUGAAUUUCCGAGAGAUGAUCCCAUUGCGUGUGUUUCGUAUCCUUGCUAUUGUAGUCAUUGUGGGCACAGAUUUUGGAUUUGCUUUCUACAGAAGAUUUUUCAGUGAUGAACAAGGAUUGAGGGUGUCCUUUGUGGCCCAUUUUGGAGGGAUAGUAGCUGGCAUGACCAUCGGCUAUGUCUUCUUCAGUGAUUAUAAUGAGAAACUGCUCAAAGACCCUCGAUUUUGGAUCUGUAUAGUUGGAUUUGUGGUUUUCCUGAUCUUUGCAGUGCUCUUCAAUAUCUUCCUGUCCCCAGCACCAUAGAAACAAUGACUGACAAAUACUGUAACUGUAUCAAGUGCCGAACACUUUAAGUCUUCAUCACACACUCAGGUAUAUUAUAUUUCCACAAAAAACAUGUCUACUCCAUAAAGUAGGCACUCACAUAUCUAUACCAACGCAUUUCAGGACCGUGUUGGUUCCUCCUGCUGAUCAUGUGUAGUAUUACACAUAUAUUGCAGUAUGUAGUACAUGAAGUGUAUGUACAUAGCAAUUUCAUAAACCAACGCAUGUUUUAUAUGUCUCAUUUUUGUUGUUAUGUUAUUAGUCAGUGUUGUUAAGAUUUAGUCUGACUUUUGUACUGUCAUUUUUUAGCAUUUAAAUAUUGCACAUUGACUGUAAUGUGAAAAUUAAAAAAAAAAGUUUUUAAUGUAAUGUA